AUGCAUGAGCACCUAGGUCUCCAACUGGCUGGUUCUUCCAAUGCACCACCUACACCACCAGCCACCCAGGGUUCCAGUCAAUCUGGGUCGGGUUCAUCUUCUCUCCCAUCCGCUGCAGGACCACAAUCCUCUAGUUCGAGUGGACUUUCAGCACCAAGAUCAUCUGCCCAGAGUAGGACAAGGAACUCCCAUGUCCCAGCUCAACAGCAGCCCUCGCAAACCCCCCAGCAUCCCGCUCCGCAACAACAGGACCAGCAACAGGUUGUGCAGCAGCAGGUCGCGCACCCCCCUCCUCAGGUUCAGGGGCAACCUGUGGUUGCCCCAGCAGACGAGAUUGCAGCCCUAAAAGCGAGAAUUACGGAACUUGAAUGGGGAGAUGCUCACGGCAACCAUAUACCGGCCAGAGCUGGCCCCCCCCAACAAGCCCUAAUUGCGGACCCCGCUGCAAUCGACCAUGUUCAUGCGAACUUGGCCAUUGCUAAGGACGAGCCUAAGAAGCUGGCAUUGCCUGCUCUCCAUCCUGGGCACAAAGUCAGCACAUUGAGCCUGCCCAUCCCUCCCAAGGUUGAGGAGGCAUUCAGACUAUACCAAUAUGUGCCUUAUAUGGCCAUUACGCACGCUGCUCGAUCCAAGUCCUAUCUCCAUGGGGAAGACUCUUCUUUUGUUUUCACCCUGGAAGGACUCACAGCCAAAGGCCUUGACCAUUCGAAUGAACUGUCAAUCUCCGCUGUGGAUUGGUUCGCGGCGGCAAAAGCCGUGGAGGAGAGGACUUCGCACUAUUGGGGUGCUGAUAGAGAACACACGGCUGGCCAGUAG